AUGGUGGAAAACAGAACUUCUGGAGAUGAUCACUUAACUCCAGGGGAUGGUCUGUUCCUGUUCCAAGAGAAAGAGGCAUGUGUGGGGAGGGAGGAGCAGUGCGAGCGGUACCUGCCAUUUGGAAGGUUCAUGAACAGCCCAGAAGAAGAAACUCUUAGCCUCCUGAGUACACCAGGGGUUGGAAAAACCACACUAGGCAAAGAACUUGCCUCAAGAUCAGGACUGAAGUAUAUUAGUGUGGGUGAUUUAGCUCGAGAAGGGGAGUUAUACGAUGGCUAUGAUGAAGAGUAUGAUUGUCCCAUUUUAGAUGAAGAUAGAGUAGUGGAUGAAUUAGAAAAUGAGAUGAGAGAUGGUGGUGUUAUUGUUGAUUACCAUGGCUGUGAUUUCUUCCCUGAACGCUGGUUUCAUAUAGUUUUUCUGUUGAGAACAGAUAACAGCAUUUUGUACAAAAGACUUGAAACAAGGGGUUAUAAUGAGAAGAAACUGAGAGACAAUAUUCAGUGUGAAAUUUUUCAAGUUCUUUAUGAAGAAGCCACAGCAUCCUACAAAGAAGAAAUUGUGCAUCAGCUGCCCAGCAAUAACCCAGAAGAGCUUGAGGAUAAUAUAAAUAAGAUUUUGAAAUGGAUUCAGCAAUGGAUAAAAGAUAACUCUUUUUUUUUUGGAAACGUUUUCAAAUUCCCUCCUCAGAAAGGAAAAAUUUCAUAA